AUGGGCGAGAAAGUCGACUCGAGUCGAUCGACUCCGGUGGAAGGCUGUCUGGUGGACGGGGAGAGCAGAAACUUCAGCGUGCUCAAUUGGGAACAAGUGCAGCGCCUGGACGUCAUCCUGGCUGGGUCCAUCCCCAUCCACGGCCGCUGGAACUUCCCCACCCUGGAGAUAAAACCGCGGGACAUCGUCAAAGUGGUCCGGUGUCGCAUGGAGGAGAAACGGAUACAUGUCCGAGAGGUCCGUCUGAACGGUUCCGCGGCCAGCCAUGUUCUACAUGAGGACAGCGGGUUAGGAUGGAAGGAUCUGGACUUGAUAUUCUGUGCUGACCUGAAAGGCGAGAUGGAGUUCCAGACGGUGAAGGAUAUAGUUCUGGGCGCUCUGCUAGACUUCUUACCCGAGGGAGUGAACAAGGACAAGAUAACGCCAGUGACCUUAAAGGAGGCCUAUGUGCAGAAGAUGGUGAAAGUAUGUAAUGACUCAGACCGCUGGAGCCUCAUCUCCCUCUCCAACAACAAAGGCAAGAAUGUGGAGCUCAAGUUUGUGGACUCUCUGCGUCGCCAGUUUGAGUUCAGUGUGGACUCCUUCCAGAUUCGCCUGGACUCCCUUCUCCUCUUCUACGAGUGCUCCGAGCACCCCAUGGCUGACACCUUCCACCCCACCAUCCUGGGAGAAAGUGUCUACGGGGAUUUCCCCGCGGCCCUCGACCAUCUACGCAAACGCCUCAUCUGCACGAGGAACCCUGAGGAGAUUCGUGGUGGUGGUCUUCUGAAAUAUUGCCAUCUGCUGGUCCGGGGUUUCUGCGCCGCUUCCGGAACCGAAAUGAAAAUUCUGCAACGCUACAUGUGCUCCAGGUUCUUCAUAGACUUCCCAGAGCUGGGCGAGCAGAGGAGGAAGCUGGAAUCCUACCUCCAGAACCACUUUGUGGGUCUCGAAGACAGGAAAUACGACUAUCUGGCCACUCUGCAUGGGGUAGUGCAGGAGAGCACAGUGUGCCUGAUGGGCCACGAGAGGAGACAGACACUGGGCCUCAUCUCCUCCCUGGCCCUUCGGGUCCUUGCAGAGCAGAAUGUCAUCCCUAAUACGGCCAACGUCACCUGCUACUACCAGCCUGCCCCUUAUGUGGCCGACAGCAACUUCAGCAACUACUACGUUGCCCAGGUGCAGCCUGUUUACCCUUACUACCCCCCUCCGCAGUACCUCCAUCAACAGUACCCCCAUCAACAGUACCCCCCUCAGCAAUACCCCCCUCAGCAAUACCCCCAUCCACACCAACCGCCUCCCCACCACCCCAUGUACACUGCAUGGAUGCCCUGCAACUGA